AUGUCCAAAUUGGUAGAAUUGUUUCUUUCAGAGAAUGAUUUGAAUGGUACUCUUCCACAUUCUAUUUGCAACAUGCAAAACCUGACAGCCCUUUCGCUAAGAAGUAAUCAUUUCUCUGGAGAACUCCCACACGCAUGGAAUUCGGGGAGCAUGAUAAGCAUUGUAGAUGCUGCCUACAACAAUCUCUGUGGUAAUAUACCCACCAAUGGGGCUAUUAAGUUAUCUUCAAAUAUUGAAGCUAAACAACACAAUUUUGGCGGUAAGAUUCCCGAUUCUUUGCAAAAUUGCUCUAUAUUGUUGAGUAUCGACGUUGGAGGCAACAAAUUAUCCAGGAGGUUACCUGCAUGGAUAGGAGGAUCUGGUGGAUCCAUGUUGCACAUGCUACAACUGCGAAACAACUCUUUUACUGGACAUAUUCCCCAACAAUUGUGCAAUCUCGGCUACCUUCACAUCCUCGACCUCAGCCACAACAACUUUUCAGGUAAGAUCCCUUCUGAGGUUGGAAAUUUGCUUGGACUCGAAUCUCUUGAUCUUUCACACAACCAUCUUUCGGGACAUAUUCCUCAAAGCCUUGCAUCCUUAACAUUUUUGUCCCAUUUGAAUUUGUCUUAUAGCAACUUGGUGGGGAGAAUUCCUUCAGGUAACCAACAUCAAACACUCACUGAUUCAUCCAUUUAUAUAGACAAUCCAUCAAUGUGUGGGUUUCCUCUUCCGACAAAAUGCCCCGGAGAUGACACGUUUACUGCUACAAACAGUAAUGAAGAUGGAAAUGAUAAGUUGUGGUUCUAUGUGAGCGUAGUGCUUGGCUUUGUCAUAGGUUUUUGCCUUUUUGGGGUGUUUGCGGCACAUUAA